AGCGCUGUAGGAGGGAAGACGGACGAGCCACGCAUCCGCAUCACAGAGGAGGGUGGCGAGGUGGCAUCGCCUGCAGGAAUCCAGUUGUAAAGUCCACACACACGAGGCAAAAAUGCGCUGAGGAGGAAACUGUGCGGAGCUCGCUCGUUCGCCGAAGAUUAUCACCGUGCGGCACUGAGGCGUCUGAGGGAACAUUAUUUAUUUUAUUUUUUAAGAAAAAGAAAAGAAAAACGCUCCGGACAAGUUGUGAUUUCAAAAGGAAAUCCGACUGGAGAUGAAUACCAACGAUGCCAAGGAGUAUCUGGCGCGGCGGGAGAUACCUCAACUGUUUGAGAGCCUGCUGACAGGUUUGAUGUACUACCGUCCCGACGACCCCAUCGACUACCUUGAGGGCUGUCUGAAGAAAGUCAGGGAGCUCGGAGGACCAGACAAGGUGCGGUGGGAUACUUUUGUAGGCCAGGAGAAGAAGUCACUUCCCCCUCUCAACGGUGGCCAAUCACGCAGGUCCCUCUUCAGAAACGUGUUGCCCGACAGUCCCAAUUUUCCCUACAGAAGGUAUGACCGCCUGCCUCCCAUCAGCCAGUUUUCCAUCGAGAGCGACUCGGACCUGUCAGAGACAGCGGAGCUCAUAGAGGAGUACGAGGUGUUCGAUCCGUCCAGACCACGACCUAAAGUCAUCCUUGUCAUCGGUGGCCCUGGCAGCGGCAAAGGAACGCAGUGCCUGAAGAUUGCCGAGCGCUACGGCUUCCAGUAUGUGUCCGUGGGCGAGCUGCUGAGGAAGAAGAUGAUACACAAUGCCACCAGCAACAGAAAGUGGAGCCUGAUCGCUAAAAUCAUCACCAACGGAGAGCUGGCACCACAGGAAACGACAAUAACUGAGAUCAAGCAGAAGAUCAUGAAGAUCCCAGAGGCUAGUGGCAUCGUCAUAGACGGGUUCCCUCGAGACGUUGGGCAGGCUUUGUCCUUCGAAGAUCAGAUCUGCACUCCUGACCUGGUGGUGUUCCUGGCCUGCACCAACCACCGUUUGAAGGAGCGGCUGCAGAAACGAGCCGAGCAGCAGGGGCGACCGGACGACAACCCCAAGGCCAUCGACCGCCGCCUGACCAACUUCAAACAGAACACCAUUCCUCUGGUCAAAUACUUCCAGGAGAGGGGCCUUAUAGUUACGUUGGAUGCUGACCGAGAUGAAGAGGAGGUCUUCUGUGACAUCAGCAUGACGCUGGACAACAAGCUGUUUCCCUCCAAAGAGCCUGCAGCCGGUCCUAGUGAGCUGGAUCUCAGUGUACUGGGGGAAACCAGCAGCCUGGCAGAUGUUGCCUACAAGUACGAUGAGGUUGAGGAGGAGGAAGAAACUGGGUAUGCUGAAGGAACCACGGAAAGUUAUUGUACAGAACAGAAGAAACCAAAGGUCAUCUUCAUAAUAGGUGGUCCAGCCUCAGGGAAAUCUCUGCAGUGCGAGCGGAUGGAGGAGAGGUUCGGCCUGCGUCGCGUCGCUCUCGGUGACCUGCUGUGUUCGGAGCUGCAGUCUCACAGUGACAGAGGGCGUCACCUGCGGGACGUCCUGGAGAGAGGAGAGCAGCUGCCAGAGGACGCGCUUCUGGAGCUGCUGUGUGAGGCGGUGGCGUCGUCGGUGCGGCAGGGGAAAGGUGUGGUGGUCAGCGGCUUCCCCAGAGACCUGAGACGGGUGGAGGAGUAUGAGGCCAAGGUGGGGGAGCCCAGCGCGGUGCUCCUGAUGAGCUGCUCGGCCGACACCAUGUCCAGUCGCCUGCGGUGCCGUGGCAGAUCCGCCUCCACCUCCACCUUCCACGCCGGCUCAGACAGAGACGACGUCCUGCUCAGGAGGGUCGAGAGCUUCUGCAGUGACAGCCAGGCGGUGGCAUCUCACUACGAAGGCAAGAGGCUCCUGCACAUGAUCGACGCCGAGAGGUCGCCGGAAGAAGUGUUCGCCCAGAUCUGCCAGGUGAUGGAGACCUUCUGAUCUGCAUCUCCUCCCGCCCCCUAAACUCUGCCACCCGCCAGGUCCACAUGUGGAGACAUCUUCUCUCUCCACAGGGACUCACUCUUGUCCCCCUCCAACACACACACACACACCUGCAGCAGAACUCCAUCGCUGAGCUUCAGUGGUAUGCAUGUCCCCUUAAAAGCAAAUCAGUGAAAACCUUUUUCUGCUACUUUGACACUGAUGAAGCGUCUGGUUGUCACGUUCUGCUUCACCUACUCGCAUUGUCUCUCUCUCUCUCUCUCUUCUCUCUCUCUUCUCUCUCUCUCUCUCUCUCUCUCUCCCUCUCUGCCUCUCGCGCGCAUUGAACUCAAUAUAUGCUGCCAGCUGCCGGACCGGGUCAGAUAACUGUACUGAGAAAAAAGCAUUCCCCUGCUGUGACUGAGAGCAUGUUUCUAGUCAAAUGUGAAGUCCCUCCUUCCAUUCCCCCACCACCCUGCCAAAAUCCCAGAGGAGCCGAGAGAGGGCUCCCGCCAUGCUCGAAAGUGGAAAUGUCAGCGUGUGUGUGUGUGUGUGUGUGUGUGCGCUCAUGCUCUCAGGCACAGCAUUGUGUUUUUUCAUUGUAACAAGCAUGCAAGAAUCAAUCAAGCUUAACUUGAACUGCAUUGAAUAAAAAAAAAGCAGACAAGAGUAUUACAGAUUAUCGCAUUUAUAUGUUUUCAAGCUCAUCGUACAGGUGCUUGUUUGAGUCUGGUAUUUAACAUUCAAUAAAGCCAGUGCAUUUGCUAAAUGGA